GGUCGGUCCCGUGGGCCGGUCCCGCGGGCCGGUCGGCCGUUGGCCCGCCAUGGGUCCGGGGCUGCUGCUGUUGGCCGUGUCCGCGCUGCUCGUGGCCGUCCCCUUCGUCAGGAAGUAUUUUUCCAAUGGGGUGUGCAGGUCAACGGUGCGGCUGCACGGGAAGGUGGCCGUGAUCACGGGAGCCAACACCGGCAUUGGGAAGGAGACGGCCAAAGACCUGGCUCGGAGAGGAGCCCGGGUGAUCAUCGCCUGCCGGGACGUGCAGAAGGGCGAGUCGGCGGCCAGCGAGAUCCGAGCCGAGACGGGGAACCAGCAGGUGCUGGUGCGGCGGCUGGACCUGGCCGACACCAAGUCCAUCCGGGCCUUCGCUGACCGUUUCCUGGCUGAGGAGAAACAGCUCCACAUCCUGAUCAACAACGCGGGGGUGAUGAUGUGCCCCUACUCCAAGACCGCCGAUGGCUUUGAGAUGCAGCUGGGAGUCAACCAUCUGGGCCACUUCCUCCUGACCCACCUGCUGCUGGGUCGCCUGAAGGAGUCAGCCCCGGCCCGGGUGGUGAACGUGUCUUCCCUGGCCCACAUAAUUGGCAAAAUCCACUUCCACGACCUGCAGGGAGAGAAGUAUUAUAACCACGGCCUGGCCUACUGCCACAGCAAGCUGGCCAACAUCCUCUUCACCCGCGAGCUGGCCCGGAGGCUUCAAGGCAGCGGCGUCACCACCUACUCGGUCCACCCGGGCACCGUGCGCACAGAGCUCAGUCGACACUCGCCUCUCAUGAAGCUGUCGUGGUGGCUCUUCUCCUUCUUCACCAGGAGCCCUCGAGAGGGGGCCCAGACCAGCCUGCACUGCGCCCUGGCCGAGGGCCUGGAGUCCCUGAACGGGGAGCAUUUCAGCGAAUGCAGCUUGGCCUGGGUGUCCGCCCAGGGCCGCAACGAGACGACGGCCAGGCGGCUGUGGAACGUGAGCUGUGAGCUGCUGGGCAUCCAGUGGGAGUGACCCGAGCGAUCGGAUGGACAGCGAGCGACCGGGCCGGCCCCUUCCUACCCGGCUAAAGGAGAUGGUGACCCCCUGGCCUGGCUCCCCACCCCACCUGGCCCCCCACCUGCCCCAUCACCCCUCACCUCACUCGUGUCACCGUCAGACUCAUCGCUAACGGAACCCCACGCUAUAAAACGCAACCCCUUCCCUACCCUUAGCAUUCCCUCCUCGGUCACAACCACCAGCUGCAAACUUCAGUGGCUUUCGAUAAGUAUUCCCCUCCCUCAGCCUACUCCGAAGCCGCGUGGCCUAGCGGGUAGAGCCUGGGAGUCCGAAGGUCACGGGUUCUAA